UUGAAAGUUGUAUGUUGGUUUCAGACAAUAAAAGAAGACAAGAUGCAGGAGAACAGUGCUGAUGUAGGGACAUACCUACUGACCGAACUGGCCAAGCUCCGGGACAAGUACAAUAUUAUCGGCGAUGUGAGGGGAAAAGGUCUUCAAAUCGGGGUGGAGAUGGUCAAAGACAAGGUCACCAGAAACCCGCUUCCACGAGAGGCAAUGGCUGAGAUCUUCGAAGACAUUAAAGACAUGGGCGUGCUGAUUGGAAAAGGAGGACUGUACGGACAGACUUUCAGGAUCAAGCCUCCUAUGUGCAUAACUAAAGACGACGCAGACUUCUUCCUCGCUGUAUUCAACCAGGCAGUGCUCAACUACCUGGAGAGAAGAUAAGACAUGCAGAGCAUGAAGAAGACACAUAACAUUGGCUCACAUUUUAUAUGGAAAAUUGCAACUAACACAUUAUUCACACCUUCCUUAAUGUAUGCGUCAAGAACAAUUGUUAUCAGUAGCUGAUUUGAGUACACUAUACUUCAGAGACGUAGCACUUUCAAUAAGUACUUAUAAGCACUUGACUGACCAUCUAAAACCAGAUAUUUCAAGAAGUUUCAACAACUGGGACCAGUUCUACUCCCAGUUCUACCUUUUUGGAGACAUGGAGAAAAACAUGAAUAAUUCUAGUAAUCUUACCUUCAUGUAAUACAGUAUUUUAACAAUUAUUUGGUUCAUUAAAAUUAUUUAAUUAUAUAUUUGACACUAUUGUCAUCUUAACAUUAUUUUCUAACAAUACACCAUGAUAUACCCCGUAUAACAGGAUUGUAUUGUUUUACUGGUACAGAUACAUCUUACUAAGUUUCAAACAAACUCAUAAUCUGGUACAAACUACCUUUUCAAUAAGAGAAUUUCUUUCAGGAUUGAAAAAAAAAAAAGAUUUCUUGCAAUGCUAAAUAACGACUAUACACAUUUGUAGACUUUUACAUAUACAUCAACCGCAGGGUCUUGUCUAAAACCACACUGUUAUAAAUACAUAAAACAUGUUAGGAGCUUUUUGAGGGGAUUAAAUUCAAACCUGACCCAGUUCAAGUGACAUUCAUAGCUUAUACCAUUAAGGCACGCAAGGUCAUAAAUAAAUCUGCUGCCUCUUAAAACGUUAUAUGAAGAGAAGGAGAUUUCUGUCCUGCAAAGACAGCAACUGUUUAUUAAAUAAGCAUCCAUUGUUUUGUUUUUUUCUAGUACUUUUUGAGAUCCUUUCGUGGAAAUCCACUGGUAUUGUUUUGCAUAACACCAAGCCUUUAUAUAUUGCAGCUGACCUGUUACACACAUAGUACAUUAAACAUAUUUGAAUGUUUAGCCUUUACCUCUUUAUGAUCUUAAACCCAAUGGUCUUAUUACCAAUAAUAACACUGUUGAGAGAUUUUGCGGUUCAUAGCUUAUUUUUCCAAACAGAAACAUUUCCAAUAAAAUGAAAUCCAUGUUCAAAACA